UUGUCCUUUUUUUCCAUAGAUAAUAGGAUCAUACCGUGAAAACAGGAAUCGGAAACAGGAAAGCUGGAAGGAAAGAAAAAACUCCAUUCUGCCCCCUCCCUAUGUAAAUCAUUUUGAAAUCUCAAAAAAAAAAAAAACAGAACGUAAAAUUAUGCAAGCACAUUGGCAUCUUAUUUUCUCAGGAAAGAGCUAAGGUAGUUGAAACCCCUCCAGUCAUCUUGACUUUUCAGCUCAGGGAAAUGCAUUCCACAGGGCUUCUCCCUUUUAAAGUCACAGUUGCCUACCCGCCUAGUCGCAAUCCUGCAGUUUGCAGAAGAACAGCUCUCUGAUAGCAAUGGCUUCUGUAAAAAGCUUUAAGCUGUGUGAGCCAUGAUACCUGCCUCCAUUGCUUUGCGGCUUGGAUGGGAAGACAAAACAUGUGAGUUUCUUCUCUUUCACAUUGCGUUUUUAGAGCUUGAUGAUAGACUGGAAUUUUAAAAGCCUUUCUACUGCUCUCUGGACUUCAUCUCAAGAAACUCCCUCUAGCAGGAUGAUUCAUAAGGCUUUCCUACAUGUCACCGACGAACCUUAAUGCACAAGAGUACUCUUCCAACAGACAGAUGUUUAGACGAUCCAGGAUGUUCAACUGCCGACAAUCAUUCACAAUCAGUGUUCCCUGGAAAAAAAGCAAAAAGACUCCACCAUCUGAUGACAAGGUGAUUUUGAAAAAGAUGAAGACAAUCAAUGAAAUGGGUGAAAGACCAAGGCUAGGUCUUCCUGCAGCCUCAGACCCUUCAGAGAUCCUGGGAUCUUGCAUGCUGCAACAGCAGCAGGCAAAUUCAGUCACUGUAAGUGAUAUUCCAGUAAAAACUGAGUACUUUGCCAUGCUCUCUCAUCACAAUACCUUGACACCAGAAGAUCAAGUUGUAAGAUCAGACAACUUGGAAUCGGAAGAUUCUGGUGUGACAUUGCCUCAUGGAGCCAACUCUGAAAAGCGCUUUGUGCUGCACAGUAGAGACUCUUCUUGUGACUCUGGAGUUCUGAGUGCCUCUUCCUCCCCAGUAAUGAUAUCUAACAAAGACCCCGUGAAUGCCUGUCUCUGCAUUUCAGACUGCAAGGAGCCAAAAGAACACAAUGCAGAAAAGAUACAGACUUUUGCAGUUUCCUUGAACAAGGAUGCUGAUUUUCAGGAUACAAAGCAUACUGAGCAGUCUUUUUCGGAUGGCAGCCAAGUAGAGUGUUUGCAGGGUAAAAUUUGCAAAGAGGACAGUUCCUCCCUCCUUCCCACUAUGCCUGUAGAAGAGAAAAGUUUUCAGGAUGAUUACAGAAAUGACAACUUAGAAGAACUGACAUUACCUGCUCAUCCCUUAAGACGGUAUCCCACAAGUGACAGCUUGGAUGAGUACAUGGAUGCCUGCUGUAAGCUCAGUAAGGUCAACCAAGAAAAUGCCAAAGCACGUGGCUCAGGCUUGGGUUACCUAGAGCACAUCUGCCAACUUAUUGAAAAGAUUGGACAGCUACAAGAGCACAAUCUGAAAUUACAGAAAGAAAUUUGUGCUUUACAGAAGGAACAGAGAACAAGCCAACUUAAGGAGGAGUAUUUUAUACAGCACUGCUCCUGUGGUGCUGCCAGUGUUUUGCUCAGCUCAUACCGAGAAAUGAAGAAUUAUUUUCCUGGGUGGAGCAGACUGAACAGCCUACUUAUUCAGAACGGAAAUAUAUCUGACCUCUCUGUUAUUCCAGAAAUAGGAGGAAUUAGUGAAAAAAUCAAGCAAAGAGAGGAUCGUGUUUCAGAGAUGACAUGUGAAGAUCAUGAUGCUAAAACCUGUAAGGCAUUGUUAUAAUGCAGCCCCUGAUGGUGCAGUGGGUUAAACCCUUGUGCCGGCAGGACUGCUGACUGACAGGUCAGCGGUUUGAGAGCAGAAGAGCUCCCUCUGUCAGCUCCAGCUCCCUAUGUGGGGACAUGAGAGAAGCCUCCUACAAGAAUGGUAAAACAUCAAACAUCUGGGCAUCCCCAGGACAAUGUCCUUGCAGAUGGCCAAUUCUCUCACACCAGAAGUGACGUGCAGUUUCUCAAGUUGCUCCUGACAUGAAAAAAAUUAUUAUAAUACUAGCUGUGCCCGGCCACGUGUUGUUGUGGUGUUGUCUGGUGGUGUUGGUGAGAACUCGUUGAGGUAGUGGUGGUAUUGAAUAUCUGUUGUAUGGUUGCCUUUAUGUUUAGUAUGCAUUUGGUUGUUUGUGUACUGUGAUAGAGGGGGUGUAUGUCCCUGUGUAGUAUUGUAUAGUAUUUAUACGCUGUCCAUGUGUUGUGAAUGCUUGGAUUUUGUGCUGCUGCAUAAUAGAAAGGGUUGGGCUGGAUGGCCCUUAGGGGUCUCUCCAAACUCUUGGAUUCUAUGCUUCUAUUAUUAUCAUCAUAAUCAUCAUCAUCAUCAUCAUCAUCUUCAUCAUCAUCAUUAUGUAGAGGCUGGAUGGCCAUCUGUCAGGAGGGCUUGGAUUGUGUCCUCCUGCAUGGUAGAAGGAAGUUGAUUGAAAUGAUCCUUAGGGAUCACUCCAAACCUUAGGAUUGUAUGAUGAUGUUGUUGUUAUUAUUAUUAUUAUUAUUAGUAGUAGUAGUAUUAGUAUUGAGAGGCUGGGUGGCCAUCUGUUGGGAGUGCUUGGAUUGUGUCCUGCAUGGCAGAAUUAGGUUGGACUGGACGGCCUUUAGGGGUGUCUCCUAACUGUGUGAUGCUAUGAUUCGAAUUGGAUUAUUACUGUGCAGAUCUUGGAUGGCCAUCUGUCAGGAGUGCUUGUCAUCCUGCAUGGUAGAAGGAAGUUGAACUGGAUGAUCCUUAGGGGUGUCUCCUAACCUUAGGAUUGUAUGAUAUUCUUAUUGUUCUUCCUCUUCUUCUUCUUCUUCUUCCUCCUCCUCCUCCUCCUCCUCCUCCUCCUCCUCCUUCUUCUUCUUCUUCUUCUUAUUGAGAGGCUGGGUGGCCAUCUGUUGGGCGUGCUUGGAUUGUGUCCUCUAUGUCAGAAUUGGGUUGGACUGGAUUACCACAGUAAUUAUUUCAUAUUACAGUAGAAUCUCACUUAUCCAACAUUCGCUUAUCCAGUGUUCUGGAUUAUCCAACGCAAUCUGCCUUUUAGUAGUCAAUGUUUUUGUAGUCAAUGUUUUAAAUUCAUUGUGAUAUUUUGGUGCUAAAUUUUUAAAUACAGUAAUUACAACAUAGCAUUAUUGAGCAUUGAACUUCUUUUUCUGUCAAAUUUGUUGCAUAACAUGAUGUUUGGUGCUUAAUUUGUAUAAUCAUUACCUAAUUUGAUGUUUAAUCGGCUUUUCCUGAAUCCCUUCUUAUUAUCCAACAUAUUCACUUAUCCAACGUUCUGCCGGCCUGUUUAUGUUGGAUAAGUGAGACUACUGUGUAUUUAUAACCUUAUAUUAUCUGCUUAGAACUGGAUUAUUUGAGGCCCCUUCUACACAACUGAAGUGAAUUAUCUGACAGUGUGGACUCAAGAUAAUCCAGUUCAAAGCAGAUAAUAUAAGAUUAUAAAUGGGUAAUAUAGCUAUGUGGAAGGGCCUUGAGUCUACACUGCCAUAUAAUCCUGUUAAAAUCAGAUAAUCUGUAUAUUAUAGGCAGUGUGGAAGAGGCCUGAGGCCUAACUGUGCCUGUCCCCUGGGCUGAGUAGGUUGCUAGGAGACCAAGUGGGCAGAGUUUAGCCUUGUAACUGGCAGCAAUUGGAUAAAAAACAAUUAUUCCUUUUCCUCUAAUUAGGACUUUAUUUUUCUUUUCUUUUUGUUGUAUGAACGUAGAGGCAUGGAUGAGGGGUUGUGUUGCCAAGUUUAGUGUUUCUGGGAUGUGUAGUUUUGUUGUUUUGUCCUAGGACGAAUUUUUUUUAUCCUUUUAUAUAUAUAGACUAGCUGUGCCCGGCCACGCGUUGCUGUGUCUUAGUCUGGUGGUGUUGGUCAGUCUGCAUUAGGUUGUAUUUAUGCUGUGAGCUCCACCCUUCUUUAUGCUCACAUUAGUAGUAGUAUUUGAAGUCUGUUACCUUCUUCAAUUUUUGUGUUGAUUGAUAAUUGCUUGAGAUCCCUGUUGUCUUUGGUUUGUUGUUAGUUGUAAUGUCUGAUUCUGCUGAGUGCGGUUUAUAUUUUUAUUGUGGUACAAUAGUCUUUUUUUUGUUUUGCCUGUGAAAGUGUUUAUUAUUAUUGUUGUUGUAGUGAUUAUGAAGGUUGGAUAAGUUAGAUGCUACUGUAUUGUUUUUUGGAGGCCCAGUGUAGCACUGACUGGCCUCUCAGCCUCAGUGCCUGGCUGUUUCUUGCCUGUGAUGGUGUUGAUUCUUAUUGUUGUUGUUGUUGUCAUUGUUAUUAUUGUAAUAGUUUUUUUGGAGGCCAAGUGUGAAUGUAGGGAUUGGGGAGGUGGAUGAGUUGUGUUGUCAAAUUUUGUAUUUGUUAUAGUCACAAUGCGUUGUUGUGAGUUUUGUGGGUCCGGAUUGUGGUUUUGUGGUGUGGUUGUGUUGUUACAACCGGGAGGCAAGGUUUUUGCAUUGUGUUGUCAAGUUUUAUAUUUCUGGGGCAUUUAGUUGUGUGCCAAGUUUCGUAUUUCUGGGGCGUUUAGUUGUGUUGUUAUAGUCACGAUGCAUUGUUGUGAGUUUUAUGGGUCCGGAUUGUGGUUUUGUGGUGUGGUUGUGUUGUUACAACCUGGAGGGAAGGCUUUUGCGUUGUGUUGUCAAGUUUCGUAUUUCUGGGGCGUUUAGUUGUGUUGUUAUAGUCAUGAUGCGUUGUUGUGAGUUUUGUGGGUCCUGUGUGGUUUUGUGGUGUGGUUGUGUUGUUACAACUGGGAGGCAAGGCUUUUGCAUUGUGUUGCCAAGUUUUGUAUUUCUGGGGCGUUUAGUUGUGUUGUUAUCGCAUGAUGCGUUGUUGUGAGUUUUGUGGGUCUGGAUUGUGGUUUUGUGGUGUGGUUGUGUUGUUGUAACCUGGAGGCAAGCCUUUUGCAUUGUGUUGCCAAAUUUCGUAUUUCUGGGAUGUUUAGUUUUGUUGUUAUAGUCACUGCGCAAACAACUUUAUCAUUUUAUAUAUAUAGAUUGGACAUGAUCUGGAAAAAAAGGAUGUUGUUCUCCCACCUCCCCUCCCCACCAAUUUCACUUGUAUGUAUUUAUGAAUUUAAACUAUACCUGUAUAUAGUUAAUACAUUGCUUUUAAAGCAGCUUUUAAAAACUAUUCUAGGGCGGUAGAUUGUAUUAGUUGUAUUGAAUACUAAGAAACAGGACCACUAUAAUGUUAAGGUAAAAGGUAAAGGUUUCCCCUGACGUUAAGUCCAGUCGUGACCGACUCUGGGGGUUGGUGCUCAUCUCCAUUUCUAAGCCGAAGAGCUGGCGUUGUCCAUAGACACCUCCAAGGUCAUGUGGCCGGCAUGACUGCAUGGAGCGCUGUUACCUUCCCGCCUGAGCGGUACCUAUUGAUCUACUCACAUUGGCAUGUUUUCGAACUGCUAGGUUGGCAGGAGCUGGGGCUAACAGCGGGCACUCAUUCCGCUCCCGGGAUUUGAACCUGGCACCUUUUGGUCCGCAAGUUCAGCAGCUCAGCGCUUUAAUGCACUGUGCCACCAGGGGCCCCACUAUAAUGUUGUUUGUCAUAAUUCUUUUUUACUUUACACUAAUGCUUUAAAAAUAAUUUUAAAGCUGUAUAGCCAAGAGCUCUUCAUUUAUCUAACAUCGACAUCUUUGGACUUGGGAUUUGUUCAUUUUUAAGAGCAAUGGAACUUGCUUCCUUCUUAGUUACACCUUCACUUUGGUCUUAUUUUGCACCAACACCUUGACAAUUGUUCAAAAACAAAGAUAAUGAAUAGAAUGUUACUCGUGCAGAGGGGGAAACAUGCAGGAUGUUAAAUGGAUAUGUAUGUUAUGGAUAACAACUUCCACAAUUUUUACCAUUGGGCAGGGGUUAUUGGUGUUGUACUCCAAAUGUCUGAGGGUCAGAGACUCCCCAUACCACAACUACUGUACAUUAAGGAAGAGAAAACUGUUCCUUCAAAGCAAAGGUGGACAGGGGUGUCAAGCUCAUUUUAAUCGAGGGCCGCAUCAGUCUUAUGGGUUCCUUCAAAGAGCCAUUGAAUCCAUGGACAGAGAAUCCGUGGAUACAGAGAGUUCCUUGGACCACAAGAAGAUCCAACAGGAAAUAAUGCCCGGCUGCUCACUGGAGGUAGGAUAUUAGAGGAAAAGAUGAAGUAUUUUGGCCACAUUAUGAGAAGACAGGAAAGCUUGGAAAAGAUCAUGAUGCUGGGGAAACUGGAAGGAAAAAGGAAGAGAGGCCGUCCAAGGGCGAGAUGGAUGGAUGGUAUCCUUGAAGAGACUGGCUUGACCUUGAAGGAACUGGGGGCUCUGGCGUGGACUGGUCUAUGAGGUCACCAAGAGCUGGAAAUGACUGAACGAAUAAAGAAGAAGAAGAAGAAGAGAGCCAACUAUAAUUUUUUUACAUUGUGGUUGGUGCUGUUAGUAUAUAUUCAUUUUGGGUCCCUGGAUGUUACUGAAUGUCAACUCGCAUAACUUUUGCUUAUCUGCCAUGUGGACUGGAGAUAAUGGGAAUUGCAACACAUGAGCACUUGUGGCUCUGAGGCUAGGAAAGGGUUGAAGGACAUUUUAUAACCGGACACCAUAUCCACAGUUUUGUAUCUAAGUCCUGACUAAACAGAACAAACUGCAGACUUGUAGGGGUGUGUGAAACAGCAGAAAUCAAUUGUUUUUGUUUCAAAUGAUUCUGGGACAGCUUGUGGUAUUGAUUGAUCAAUCAUUAGAUGCAUAGGCAUUUGGAUUUUUUUUCUUUGCAGAUUGCAGGGUGAAUUGGCCAGUUCAUUGAAAACUGCUAACCUAGUUUCUUGGCAGAAAGCACCAAGUGGUCAGUGGUUAUAAUGCAUGCUUCUUUGGUGCCAAGGAUGUAGUGAAAUGUAACUGGGAGGUUCUGGAAGACAAACAUAGUUGCUAAAUAUGCUGAAAGCCAUGCUUCAAAGGUACUUUAUUUUGAAAUGUGGCAUGUUGCAUGUACAGGGUUAGUUACAAACAUGAAGCUAAGUCAUCUCAGUGAUGGAUCUGCUGGUAUGUAGAGAGAGGGGAGUAAGAUGGUGGAAGAAGUUUGAGCAUGCCAGGCCUGGACAAGAGGAAUGGGUUCCACUUAACCAGGAUGCAGCUAGACUGCUGGCGCUUAGAAAAAGGGGGCACACUAGCAUUUAGGAAACGGCUAGUGUGCCAACAGAUGAGAAACCUCUAGUUUGAAUUGAUCAUCCUUAAGCGACGAAGGUGAAGAAAUUUUGUCUAAAUAGGAAUGUAGUGGAAAUAGUCCAUAUGGUAAAACAUGGGCUAAGGUUGGAAAGGCAUGCACCAAACACCUGCAGAGGAACAAUUUAAGUCUUUUCAUUUCUAUCUUCUGAACAAGCAGGUUAGUAACUGAAGUGUUAUUUUCAGAAAAGACAUCUGAAGAACUGAUAGUCAUGAGAAAGAAUGAAGUUAUUGACCUUGCUGACAAAUUCAAAACAAACAAAAUUCCAGUUUCAGCUAGUAUAUGAGAAUUCUUAAAUUGCCGAUUUUAUAACUAAAGUAAUAUAUAAGAUUAACCGGUUUCAAAAGUCUGGAAAAUGACCAAUGUACUAUCAAUGUUUAGAAAGGAAAUUCGACAAUUAUUUAAGGUCUGUUAUGGGUAGUUUUUCUUUUUUGGUAGAGUUACAAGCUUGCUAGAUGACGACAAUGCCAUGGAUGUAGCAUAUCUCAUUUCAGUGAGGCCUUUGACAAGGUUCUCCAUGACAUUUUCAAAUGGAAACUAAUACAAUGUGGGUUAGACAAGGCUACCGUUAGGUGGAUUGGGAAUUGUUUACCUGGCCAAAUCCAAAGGAUGCAUUUGAAUUGGCCCCUCUUCAUCCUGGAGAGAAGUUACCAGUGGGUGUCAUAGGGGUCUAUCCUGGGCCCAGUGAUGUUCAAAAUAUUUUUUAAUGUCUUGGAUGAUAGAAUAGAAGACAUUCUUACCUAAUUUUCAGAUGUCAAUGAAUUGGAAGGGAUAAGUAAUACCCCAGAGGAUAGAAUCAGAAUAGCCAUUGACUGUAACAGAUUAGAGAUCUGGGUAAAACUAACAAAAUCAAUUUCAACAGGGAGAAAUAUACAGUACUACACUUUGACAAUAAAAAUGAAAUGCACUGAUAUAAUAUAGGCGACAUCUAGCUUGAAAAUGUAAAAUGGAUCUAGGAGUCUCAGUAGACCACAAGCUGAACAUCAGUCAACAGUGUGAUGCGAUAACUAAAAAAAGCCAUUUUGAUUUUAAGCAGCAUCAAUAAGAGUACAGUGUCAAGAUUAAGGGAAUUCAUAGUCCCACUCUAUUCUGCUUUGGCAAGACUUCACCUGGGCACCACAAUUUAAGAAGGAUAUUGACAAGCUGGAACGUGUCCAGAGAAGGGUGAGCAAAAUGAUCAAAUGUUUGGAGACCAAGUCCUGUGAAAUGAUAGUACAAAGAUGUGUUUUUGGUAGUAUAUUUUAACCUCUGGAAAAAUCAGACUUUCAAAGAUCUCCAAUUCUGUGAGGUCAUGCUGGACCUCACCAGUGUACAUCUCUAGUUGCGAAUAUUAAUUUUUUAAAAGCAUAUAUGGCCGCCUUUCUCAUUUAAAAAGUUGUAUCAUUGUACCUUGUGAGUAAUAUUAAAGACAGGAAAGUUUGCCUUGUAAGAA